UGAGUUGAGACAAGUAAAAGUAAUCAAGUAAUUUUACCUCAUGUUUAGAGGUUACAAGUCAUGGUUUGAAGUUAAGUAGUUUGCAUUAAAAGAAAAUAGGCGACAUGGAGGAGGACAAAUAUGACUGACUGCGCUCACUCGUAACACGCUCUCCAAUUUCUACAACCAUGUCAAAAAGGCGAAAUUCGAAAAAGGUGAACAGGAAGGUUGACGAAGUUAUUUCCUUAGGACCUCCCCCCGAAAAUUCUUGCUUUAUUUGUGAUGGAACAGUCAAGAAAAAUGGAGUGCAAAUUGUUUUAGGACGCACUCCUUAUUCAAAUGUUGGUCUGCCUGCUAAAAUUGGACAGCUUAUUGGAGACAAUUUCAUGGUGGUGGUUGGAGUAGCAGACAUUAUGUGUGCACGAUGUGCAUCUUUAAUAAGCCAGCUUGACAAACUUGAAACAGAUGCUCAAACAGUUAAGCAAACCCUUACAGGUUUUAUUGCUUCAAAAUAUCAACUUAACCAAAAUGAAAUUUGUGCUAAAUUCGAUAACAAUGAAAUAGAAUGUGUUUUUGAUCAGCAUCAGGAGACGACUCAUAGCAAACCUGACAAGUUUCCUGUUCAGUUUAUGGGAACUGAGAGCAAAAGGAAAUCUGAACAAGUGAGCUUAUUAUCUACAAAAAAGAAAAAAAACAUAAGUAUCACUUGCAAGAAUUGCAACUUUUGUACAGCAGAUGAAGAUGCAUUGCAAAUUCACUCUGCACUUUGUUUGAAACAAAACAACCUAUGUUCAGACUGUGGCGCUCACCUUGGUGACCCAGCAGACAAAAAUACAGGAAGGUUUGCAUAUUUAGGAUCUUGCAAAGUCUGCUCUAUAAAUUUUGAUGAUGAAGAGAAGUUGACAAAACAUAUGGCAAUACAUACCAGAUACUUAAAUACAUGUAAUGUGUGUAAUUUCACAAGUUUAAAAGAUGAUAUCUUGGCCAAACACCUUUUGACACACAGUGUUCAAAGUUAUCACUGUGCUAUAUGUCAGACUAGCUUUAAUCAGAAGAAAAAUUUGUAUGGGCAUUUGGAAAAGCAUUUGGUUCAAGAAAAAUGUCUGAAAUGCUCCAUUGAAUUGUCUUCUCAAAAUAAGUUGUUAAGUGAGUUAACACUAGGUUGUUUGAGUGAAGAAAAUACAAGUUGCAAUAAUCAAGUUGACUCAAAAGGAAAACUUGAGAAUGACUACAUGGAAUCUCUAAUGCAAGUUGAUAAUUUUGACUCUGAUGGGAGCAACAUUGAAUUCCACCCCUGUCCAAGUUGUGGUUUAACUUUCCUCAACAAAAUGUUAUUUACAGAACACAUGAAGAUGCAUAAUGAAAAUAAGCAUCAAGACCAUUUAGAUAUUACUGAAGCACAUGAUGAUGUUCUUAAAAGUUCUUCAGUGUCUGUAGCAGGAGACUGUUCUAUCGAUGAUGACCUAGAAGAUUUGUUUGAAAAGCUUCAUGCUGAAACAAACUCAUCCCAUGCCUCUGUUCAAACUGUUGCAGAAAAAAGUAGUUGCGUGAGUAGUCAAGCAAUGAGUGUUACAAGCAGUGCACACAUUUCUGCUGGUCCUCUUAGAGAUGAAACAGUAUUCUGUGGAUCUUCAAACAUAGACUCAAGAAAUGAAAUGCUCCAUCUGACGUCUAAAAUAAAAGAUAAUAAAAAAGACCAAUUAGCUCUUGAAACUGAUCAUAACUCAUUAAGUAACAACUUAGAAUCUCUAGGUUUUAAUCCAUUUGAGACAUCUCUCAUAGUAAAGGAGAAGAUUGACAAUGGUCAAUUAACAACAAAUUUGAUGGAUUCUGCUGAGCAGCACAACUAUAUUUACAUCAGCAAUGCUCUUGAUGGUAUUCCUGAUUGUCAGUCUCAGAAUGGUAUGGUGCUACACAAUGCCACAAUAGAUCCAAAUAGUGGUAAUAUUCAGUUACUCCCAUUUGUAAUUGAUGAUUCUGCUGGUAGUAUUAUUCUUGAAAGUAAUGUCAGCAAUCUUCAUGAAAAUGAGUUAUUUGAGCAGAAUUUUUGCAAGAUGAAGCCAGAACCAGAACUGGCUCAAAACAAUCUGGAAGCUGGACAUUCCGAAACUAGUGUUCUUUCUUGUGAUUAUUGUAGUUUUCAUACAUCAAUCGAACUUGUGUUAAAGAGACAUCUGAAAGUACAUCAGGGAAAUCUGGUUCAAAAGUGCUCCAUAUGCAAUAGGGUGUUUUCAUCAACACAACGACUGCUCACACAUAUUGAUUUACGCCACAAAAAUGCUGACGCUAUAAAGUGCCCAUUCUGUUCUCAGGAAUUUGACAAUUCUUUACCAUUACGAGAGCAUUUAGCCCAAGAACAUUCUAUGGGGAAGCGUAUCUUCUCAUGUCGCUUCUGUUCUAAAAUGUUUCCAACUAGGAAGUCAUGUACUAGUCAUGAAGAAAACCACUCUGAGGUUUUUAAAUUUUCAUGUAAAAUUUGUUUGAAAAAGUUCACAAAUGAAGAUGAUUUGGAUGACCAUGUGAAGUGGGACCAUAACAAAGCUGGGCAAUGUCGUUAUUGUGGGAAAAAAAUUGAAAAAGCCAAAGCUUUAAAAUACCAUGAGUUACGUCACAUGCAAGAAUCAAACCACCACCAAUGCCAAGAGUGCAAACGAAUUUUUAAAACCAAAACUGGCUUAAGACAUCAUGCGGCAUCACACACAGGUCAAUUUAAAUACUGUUGUGAUUUCUGUGGUAGGGGAUUUAUGUCUCGAAUGAUGCUUGAGGAGCACCGUAGUUGUCACACGAAAGAAGAAAGAUAUGUAUGUGAUGUCUGUGGUCAAAAGUUUACAUUUCAAAGCACGUAUUGGAUUCAUAGAAAGUGGCAUGAAACUCCAUACCCCUACAAAUGCAGCUUUUGUGGACGCUUUUUCAAGCAUUCAUCUUUACUUGCAGUUCAUAAACGGAAACACACAGGAGAGCGCCCUUAUAAGUGUCCACAUUGUCCAUUAACAUUUCCUGUCAGUGGAACUCUUAAAAGACACAUAAUUUUGCACACUGGUGUCUACCCUUUCAACUGUGAUUCAUGCAAACGAGGUUUUACAGCUAGACAUAAAUAUGCAUCACAUUUAGAAAAGGUUCAUGGCAUAAAAGACUUCACUGGUCAAAAGUUUUUGGAAAAUUUGAAACUAGACAUUACUGACAAGAGCAUACCUGACAAGGUGAAAGAAUGGGAGUUUGAUACGGAGAGCUUUCCAACCUUAAGUUUGGUAGAGUCACCUGUAGUUCGCAGUAGAGAUCCUCUGAUAAGUGACCAAAAUAUACAAUCUAGAGUUGUUGAAAUUGUAUUAGAUGAAUCGUAUCAACCAGUAGCUACAGUCACUCUUGGUGGUGCGGAGCCCAUGAUACCUGAAAAUUGGUAUGAUUAGAAAUGUAUAAUGAGUUACUUUGUUGAGAAAUAAUAGCCAUUAUAGUCUGUUGAUUUGACUUAUAGAAGAAUAUAUUUUCACUUUUGUACCGCCUUGGCCCCAAGCUUGGUCUGUGAAGGGAGAACAUCUGUUGCAUCAUACAAUUUUUGGUUGACAACUGUGCUUUCCUCCUCAUGAAGCUAGUCAUGCAAAGCCACCUUAACCUGGACACCAUCUGCCCCCUUUUCAAAGCAGAAGUCUCUGGAUGACUGUUGUGGUAUUCAGGCUGGUUUCUUUGCCUCCUUCCCAUUUUUUUGUUAUUGAGAAUUAUUAUCUAUUUUUUCAAAUUUAGAACUAAGAAACUAUGACCUAUGUUCCUGUGGUAGACGUACAUUGGAAAAAUGAAACCCUACAAUACAAAGUGGUAUUGUCUCUCUGUGGUUGACCAAAUUUGUGCCUGUUCACUUGAGCAUUAUCAUUAAUUACUAUCUCAAGAUUGAGAGGCCUACUGUAUCACUUGCCCUAUGAGGACAUUCCCCAAUGUGCUAUAGGUAAUGUCGAUACUUGUGUAAAAUAUUAAUCCUGUUUUAUUCUCUACCAUGACAUUACCCAUAACACUAGUCAGACCCCCUCCCCUUUUUUUGUUCUUCUAAAAUCUGUAGGAGUUAAUGCAAUCAGCCAGGUAAAGCCUAAAGGAUGGAGAGAGAAUUAAAACAAGUCUAAAGAAAA